AUGGAGUUAAAGGGAGAUAAUGAACCGGAACACAGAAUAACUGUAACGUCAGGGUGCCUCGAUUUGAGCAACUUAGAAACGCCUCGCGGACGCCGUAAUCACGUGAUAUUAAUCUUAAUUGUUGCCUUAACGCCAGUCUUUGCCUUGAUCGGACAAAACAUCCAAACUCUCGUUUCUAACAGUAACAUUUUAUCAACUCGAAAUUCGAUUCGAAGUACGAUUCAGCUCAGCAUUCAGACGGGUAAUGUCGUACAUAGACUUCAGAUUGAACGUGGAACAACUGCGUUUUAUAUCAGUUCGCAAGGAUCUGCGGAGAUUCUGAAGAGACUUCAAAUAGCAUACAACACAACUGAUGAGUACAUCGGCAAAUUGAAUCGUUGGCCAGAAAACGACGACGGUGAAAAUUUCAAAAGCGUGGAAGCCUACACAGAUUACGUUUUGCAGUUUAGAAAUAGUUUAAACCUUUCCAACGUGACUGUUGAUGACGCCAUUGACUUUUACUCAUCACAUAAUACUAUAUUUAUUAGUUGGUUUGCGUCACAUAUUCAAAAGUCUACUUCCGGUACAUUAUGGUCGACCCUGGUGAGUUAUCAUUUCUUGGCCCUAGCGAAGGAACAAGCUGGUAUCGAGCGUGCUCGAGGAAGUACCUUCUUUUCACAAGGGAAAUUUAACCAGGCCGAUUUAUUAAAAUACUCUGCUAGGAAAGUCAUGGGUGAAAAUUAUUUACUUCAAUCGUCUCAGUAUUCCACUGAGGUUUACGGCGUUCUCAAUUCCGAGUAUAUUGGCACUAAGCUAGCUAAAGAUAUUACAUACAUGCGCAAUGUGAUCAUACGAAACAAUGUGAACGGGUCGUCGGUUGAAAAGGGGGACCAAUGGUUUUCCAAUAUGACGUCAUAUAUAGACAUCCUACAAGAUAUCAGUUUAAAAAUGGCGGAAACCAUAACAGCGACGUUAUCUUCUGAAAUCGGAGAUUUGGAAAGUGAUGUCACUAUUAAUAUCGUUAUAGUUGUAAUAGCUGUGCUUUUGUGUCCGUUUGUGAUUGUCACUGUGCACAAGUUAACGAACCGUAUUCGAAUAUAUGCUGAAAAACUGCAACAGAAAACGCGCGAUUUGGAGGGAGAACGACGGAAGAGCGAGAUGUUGCUCUAUGAACUACUUCCGGUUUCUGUAGCCAAUAAAUUACUCCAAAAUCAACCAGUGGAGCCCGAGAACUAUGUGUCCGUGACGUUGUUCUUCUCUGACAUUGUGGGUUUCACUAAGAUUUCGUCCCAGUCCACGCCUUUACAGAUAGUUAAUAUGCUCAAUAUCCUCUACAAGACGUUUGAUAAUAAUCUAGAGUUGUAUGAUGUAUACAAGGUAGAAACGAUAGGUGAUGCUUACAUGGUAGCUUCCGGUUUACCGGUGAGAAACGGUGAAAAGCACGUGACAGAAAUCGGCCAUCUUGCUUUAGAUUUGUUGGACGCCAUAGCCAAUCUCUCCAUUCCUCAUAUGCCGAAAGAAAAAUUAAAAUUACGAAUUGGACUGAAUUCAGGCCCAGUUGUUACAGGUGUUGUUGGCAAUAAAAUGCCGAGGUAUUGUGUUUUUGGCGAUACUGUGAAUACAGCAUCCCGAAUGGAAUCUUCGAGUUUACCUCAUCGAAUACAGAUUAGUUCAACGACAAAACAAGGUCUUGACAAGAGUGGUGAUUUCACUAUUAACACCAGAGGGGAGAUCGAGGUCAAGGGAAAGGGUUUGAUGACAACCUACUGGUUAGUGGGGAGAUUGAAACAUCCCAGAAUCAGUGUUCAAACUCCCGGCAUUCGUUAUUAG